CACAAAAUGGACAUAGAAAAAAAAGACGAACAACCUCUCCGAUCACCCUCAGCACCACCACUGUCCACCACCACCGCCGACAAACCAUCACGGAAACGUCGCCGACGAUGCAUAAUAAUCUGGUCAUCAAUAAUCGGUACAAUCUUAACAAUCGCAUUAAUAAUUCUCAUACUUUCACUAACAGUUUUCAAAGCCAAAAAACCAAAAAUAACAGUAACAUCAGUCGCCUUACAAAACUUCAAUUUCAACAUGAUCCCUUUACCUCUUCCGCCACGUGUCCUUCUCAACUUAACUCUUGCUGUCGAAUUAUUUAUCGAAAAUCCGAAUAAAGUUAGUGUUAAAUACAAAACCAGCUCUGCUAUUUUAAGGUAUAAAGGACAAGAUGUUGGAAAUGUACCUAUUCCUGCUGGAAAAAUCGGGUCGGAUGAUAAGAAACAAUUGAAUCUUAAUGUAACGGUUUUUGCGGAUAGAUUGGUUACUGAUACGGAUUUGUAUACAGAAAUUUUGAGUGGGAAUUUGGGGUUUUCGACGUAUACUAGGAUUAAGGCGAAAGUUAAGGUUGUGUUUGUUUAUAUUCAUGUUACGUCUACUUCGACGUGUGAUGUGAAUAUUGAUGUGCAGAAUAGAAGUGUUAGGAAUCAAACCUGUCACUAUGAUAAUAAGUUGUAGUUUUUUUCUGAUCGUGUUGUGUCGUGUCGUGUUUUUUUUGAAGAUUAUUGUUCUUGUUAGGUGUAGUUGAGGAAUUUUGUUUUGUUUUUAACACGGAUUGAUUACACAGAUGUUAUCGGAUUGAUUUUAUGUUUAGGAUAUCUGCAGACUGUUAAUGUUCAUCUCAUUAUGAAAUAAAACUAUUUAUUGUUGUUA